GUCAAUCAAAGAGGCGCACGGAGCUACUGCAGGUGCAAAGCUGGGCGCUGCUGCUGCGGAGGAGCUGCGGAUAAAACAACACGUUUCAGGAUGGCGUCUGCAAAUGCCACAUACGGACAGAAGGAGUCCUCGGACCAGAACUUUGAUUACAUGUUUAAAAUCCUCAUCAUUGGCAACAGCAGCGUAGGAAAGACCUCCUUCCUUUUCCGCUAUGCAGACGACUCAUUCACGCCAGCCUUCGUCAGCACGGUGGGCAUCGACUUCAAGGUGAAGACCAUCUACAGGAACGACAAGAGGAUAAAGCUGCAGAUAUGGGACACUGCUGGCCAGGAGCGCUACAGGACAAUCACCACAGCUUACUACAGGGGAGCCAUGGGCUUCAUCCUCAUGUAUGACAUCACCAACGAGGACUCUUUCAACGCUGUUCAAGACUGGUCGACCCAGAUCAAGACAUACUCGUGGGACAAUGCCCAGGUCCUUUUGGUGGGGAACAAGUGUGAUAUGGAGGAUGAACGAGUGGUGGCUGCAGAGAGGGGCCGGCAGCUGUCAGAACAGCUGGGUUUCGAGUACUUUGAGGCGAGCGCUAAAGAUAACAUUAAUGUGAAGCAGACCUUCGAGCGGCUGGUGGACAUCAUCUGCGAGAGGAUGACAGAGAGUCUGGACAACAACGAUCCGGCUGUCACCGGAGCUAAACAGGGGCCACAGCUCACCGAGCAGCCUCAGAGGUCCCAUCAGGAUUGUGCUUGCUAAACAUGACCACACACACACACACACACACACACACACACACACACAGUUUGUCUCACUUUCUUUCCCCUUCUCAUACACAGAUAUAUUGCACACAAACACUGCCAUACAGAGACACACAACCCGGCUGCUUAGAUUAUCCACCCCUCUCACUACACCACAAGCUCCGUCCACAUGAGGCGCCUCUCCCCAAAGAUUUUUCAGAAAAAGUUUUUGUUUUUUCAGUAACACGCAGAUUAUGUGAUUGUGCUAACUUAGUCAGGGGGCUGUAGCUGUGGCUGUAACGUUUAUCAGAGGUACAAUCCCAAGUUGUCUUUUAUUAUUUGUAUACGUAUACACAAACAUACAGACGAUACUGUAACUUCAGAGAAUUAUCAAAGGCCAGUCAAGACUCCAUCAUUCCUUAUUGAAGUGUCUGCAAUUGGGUUUUACUCUAAAAGGCUGUGAAGGAGAAACAUCAGUUCCCACUCAGCACUAAUGCCUCAACCCUAAAUGGAUACAAUUCACUUGUUUUGCUUUUACUCCCAUUGAAAAUAUGUGUUUGUUGCUGUGGAUAGAUUGUUGUUGUUGUUUUUUUUAAACAUGUAUGAGUUGGUAAGGUGUGGUUUGGAGCAUUUGAAAAACACCGGUCCUUCCCAGUGUUGUAACAGUUUCUACAGAAGUUUGACGUCCAAACCGUCGUAUGAAAGUUUGUUUUUAUUUUUAAUUUAAGGAAUGAAGAAAAGCAAAAUUCAUGCAUAUCAAUCAGACAGGCAAGUUCUUAUUGUUAUUAUUCAUUUUUGGUCCCUUCCCAGAUUUUUUAAGAAACAGUUAAGUGAAAUCAGAUGGUGUUGUUGGUCACUGUGUUGGUCCAGUGGAAGGAGCUGCAAAGCCUCUAGAGGUUGUUUGAAUUUAGAUUCCUUGCCUUGUUACGGUUGUUUUUUACUUUUUUGUUACUAUUUUUUUAAAGACAUACAACAGAAUAGAAGGAUAAGGGAUGUCUUUCACCACAUAAAGAGUGUAUAAAAGUUUAAAAGUCAAUAGAGAUGCAUUUUAAAAUGCAUAUUUAAUAUAUAAAUACAUAUAUAAUUAACAUAUUAUACAAUAAUAAUGAUUUAAUAUAUUGGAUUCCUACCUGUGCUUUAGUGAGAGGUGCACGUUGUUGAUGUUUUUAACCGACUGUGGUCGACUGGAUUUGUGUGAGGUGUUGUCCGAAUUGAAAACCCGUCUGGAGAUACCAAGUGGGGGCUAAUGGUUUCACAUGUGGCCCCUUCUCAUUGUAUUAUCUUUCAUUCACUGCAUACAAUGUGCAACAUGCACUCACAGGAAAGGCAUGUGAUGCAGUGUGAGCACUGGCAUGCGGCAGAUCUCCAUCAACUUCCAUCUCUAUCUUUAUUUUUUUGGGGGGGUACAUGAUGUUUGGGAGCAUGUUAAAUGUCAAAUUGUAAGUUUCAUCCCUUCGGAUGCUAAGGUUAGCGAUUUGUCUGCUCGUGUAUACAGUACGAAACCUUCUGUGUGUCAUGCAUUCACAGAUGAGCUGAGGCAUGCGAAAAUACUUCAACACCUAAGUUAUUUCAAUUUCUAACUUUAUUUAUUUUGUAUUACCUUAUUUAUUUUUGAGAUAAUGUUCUUCCUAGAUUAUGCAUUGCGAUCUGCACUCUACGUUUUUAAAGAGAUGUUCAGUAGUAUUCACUUGCUUAUACGAUCCAGGCUUUUUAAUGGAAAUGUGUUUGUGUUUACAGUGAUUAUAAAGCUUAAGAUGCUUCCUUAAGAGGAAAGUUAAACAUUCCAGUGUGAGAAUCUCUUAUCAUGUCUACGCAGCUUUGCUGGGAAGUUUGUUUGUCUUCUGAUAUCGGUUGUGUAACUUUUAAGACUCGGUGGUGGUAAAAGCAGACUGUUCUCACAGAGCAAUAGCAGUUCUUUCUAUCCACACCCAAAUAUCAGCGAUGUACAAUCCCAGCUGAGGGUUUGUAAAGUACGUGCUGUACGUGGACGUGUGAAUGUACAGUUUGUAUAAAGGCAGUCUCAAUAAUCGUUCUUUCCAAAGAGAUCUUGACAAUAAAUGUAGAGCCAAAAAGAGCGCUUUGUUAGACUUGCACUAACAAACUUAAUGGUAGUGUUUUCCUACUCUGUGCAGUAGCUUCAAAAAGGGAUUCAAAUGUUUGGGAAGUAAAAUGAAUACUCUGAACACUUCAUUAAAAUAGUGACUCUUACUGCAUUGGUUCACUUUUGACUUGUUUGUUGAUUUUUGUUACUUUAUUUAUUGUGUUUUGCUACAGCUGUAAACUUUGCCGGUGACUUAGGAAACACAUAUCGAUCCUGUUCAACUCUUCUCUUCCUUCUCCCUCCCCUCUCUCUGUCAUGAAUAACUCUUGUAAAUAGGACUUUUCUGCCCGUCGGGUAUUAGUUGUGUGAAUUGUGCUGUAAUUCUGUAAUGCCAGAUUUGCUAAAAUGAGGAAUCAAUAAACAAAAAAUGUAAAAGCUG